GCCUUUUCCAGAAUCUAGAUGUCAACGCCAGAUUUGCCAUCUCCACGGGCUCCUCAUGGGGCCGCUGCACCCCCCUUACCCCCAGGUUGGCUAGCAAACUGGAGCCCUGAGCACAACGCAUGGUACUACGUCCUUCCUGCCACCGGCGCAACCCAAUGGGAGUUUCCGACUGCCCCAUCAGACCAACCGCAAUAUCCCCCUCCCGGCGACCACCAGAUGCCCCCGACCGAUCAACUGUCAUACAAUCCCGCGUUGGAAGGUGCAGAUCAACCUGCUCAGGAUGGAGAUCGCGGCUUGGGAAAGACUGCGCUUUCUUUAGGCGGCGGGUUCCUCGCCGGUUCAUCUCUCCGGCACAAGUUCGAGAACCAUCAUCAACACCAUGAUCAGCAGCAUGGAUUAGGCAAGAUGACGCAGUCCAUGGCAAUGGCUGGCGCAGGUGCGAUUGGCGCUAAGAUCUUUGGUCUCUUUGGAAACAAACAGCAGCAGCAGCAACAGCCGCCGCCACAACAAACCCAAGUGCAUGUAUAUCCGGUAUAUGUACCUGGACCCCAAGGAGCUCCGCCGCAGUCGUAUCACGGACAACCUCCACCUGUAGACCCGAACUAUGCUCACAUCCCCGCUGGCGCCGCAAGUGGUGUAGCCCUUGGCAUGGGCGUGUCGGCCUCUCCCCAUCAUCCCGGAGGAACCCCUGUGCCGUUUCAAGGUCCUGGUGUGAUGGGUGCGUUCGCUCCUCAAAAUGGACCACCGUUACACAUAUAUGGCGCCAUGUUUGCGGACAAGGACGUCACGCAGAUAGUCAGGCAUCUCGUCACCCCGCAGCAAACAUUGACAAUAAAGGGAGAGUCGCUAGUCGAGCAAUUUGGGGACCCGUGGCCUGAAGCAGGACGAAAGAUGUUCAACGUGUUGUACUCUUACGGGGAUCGACCCAUGGAGUUUAUCGCAGCUGAUACUACUACGGGCAGCAUCGAAAUCAAGCACGAGGCAAUAUCGAAAAAGCGGAUGGAAUUCUGCCAACCUCCAACGUCACGGAUUAUUGCUUGCGUUUGGGGUUAUGAAAAUGCUUUGACAAGGGCAAGGCUUGAACAGUUGGACAAGGACGGCGAGUUGGACGGCUCAGGAGAAUCCCUUGGAGCAGGCGGAUUCUGGGGCUGGGAGCCGAAGGUGCUGGCUUGCUAUUACAGGACAGAGACAGGAGAUGUUGCGACCGCAUGUUGCAGAGACGGUGGCACGGUCCGUCUUCCGUGGAAUCCACUGGCCAAGUGGUCGUAG